AUACGAUACGAUUACGUAUGAUAGGCUUGUUUUUGGAGGUUUUCGGUUUGUUGUGCUUGUGAAAGUGAUGAGUUUGAUUAUCUACGGAUUUUUAUGGACCUUGAUGGUUGGAAGCUCUGUUUUUUCUUUUUCAAAUGAGAUCUCCAGAAAGAAGUGAAUUGAAAGACAACAAUAAAUGUAAGAUCAUAAAAACAGAUCGAGUCUACGUAGAUGUAUUGUAUUUUUGAUUGCAGGCAACAAUCAACAUCUCUAGACCAGAGAAAAUGAUUCCCAUCCACUGCCCACUGUGCUGUGAUCAGCCGUUCGACGACCAAGAUGCUUUGUUCCACCAUUUGCGAAGUUUACGGAACAACCUCUUUUGCCCAAUCUGUUCUGAGAGGUUUAGUUCCCUGGACUUGCUCAUUAAACAUCUGUCUCGGAAAUGUGAUGGUCCCCUCUCACCUCGCGAGGCCAAACGGAAGUGUCUGUACAAUCAGAACAAAUUACUUGAAAUGUUGCCAGGCAUCCCUCCAACUCCUCCAAGCAGCCUCGAACCAGCCAAUUCUUCAGAUUCACUGGAAAGCAUGAGGUCUGCUGGUGUUGUCGUUGCAAGUCCUGCUUCUACACCAGCCGUUGCCCAGCAACCAACUCCGUUGAAGCACAAACUCUCUUCAAGUGUCUCCCUCCGUCCGUUGCACACGAUACUACCUUCGCAGCAGCACAGCAAACUUGCUAACAACUCCUUGAGUGUAGUCCUAAACCCAAUUUCAUUCCAUCCUAGUGUGGAUAUCAGUUUUACACCAGGUAAAGCCAAAGGCACAUCCCUUGAACAAUCAAUUCUUUUGGGAUUAGGGAAAGGUUCUCAGCCGAAAGUUGUCUUACCGAACCAUACCCAGAGCUCUACGUCUAAUCACUCCAGAAAAGUAGGCCCUUUAUCCUCAAAACUGAAAGAAAAGGGCAAAAAGUCAUUAGAAGUUCAAACAGAGGACACGUGUGUUUCCAAAGGAUUGAAAAAGUCAUUAGAAGUUCAAACAGAGGACACGUGUGUUUCCAAAGGAUUGAAAAAGUCAUUAGAAGUUCAAACAGAGGACACGUGUGUUUCCAAAGGAUUGAAAAAGUCAUUAGAAGUUCAAACAGAGGACACGUGUGUUUCCAAAGGAUUGUUACUAGUAUCAAAUGAAGAAAAAACUCGAGGGGAAGAAAAAGUUUUAACAAAAAGUAAUACAAAUGCUGAAGUAAGCAAAAAAUCUAUAAUGAGUGAUACUAAUCAAAGUCCCACAGUGAAUGGUGUUACGAUUGUAGAGAAAACUCCUAAUAAAACUACAAAUAACAAGAGACCACACAGGAAAUCUAAAGCCAAUCCCACACCAGAGGUGACAGAACUAGUUAGUCACAGGAGGACCAGAGGAAAAAAAAUCUGUUAUAGUAAACUAUUAAGUGACCACGAUGAUGGUUUUGGCGAUGACUCCAGUGAUCACGUUGAAGAUGACAUAAGUGAUAGUUCCAAAAUCAGUGAAAGAAAAGAAAGUAAAAAUCUGGUAGGCAGUCCAAAAAAAGAUGAAAAGACAUCUGAUCCAACUAUUAAUGCCAUAAACAAAGAUUUAAAUGGAAAACUUCCAGAUAUAACUAAUUCAGUUCCUCUAACAACAAACUUAGAUUCAGUAAAGAGUUCUCCUACAGAGAACUCUACAGAUGCAGGAAGAAAUGAAGGCGUAGAUAGUUUAGCGAAAGAAUCAAAUACAUCAAAAGAAGAGGCCAAAGACGUUUUGUCAUCAGAUGAACAAAAAGCUGAAGAAGACGAAGAAGAAUACACUUGCUCAGCGUGUAACAUUAGGUUUACUUCGAUUUACGAGCAUAUUAAACAGUACCACAAUGGACAGGAAGUUGUUGUGGAGGUUCCUGAGGAAGAAAUAAAAGAAGAUUUGAAAGCGUAUCAAGAAACAUCAGAAUCAUUGGUGUCGAUUUCAGGACCUGAAGCCACCGACACGCCGACACCGCCUAUUGACAAGGGAGAGAUUCCAGAGGUAAAAAAUGAAAUUACCUCUCCCUGCCCCGAAGCAAAAACCGCAGGGAAAAAAGAUACUUCGGAGGUCAAAAAUGGAAUUACCUCUCCUCGACCUAAAGCUGAAAGCAGGGUUAAAAAUAGAAGUUUAAAUACUGAAGACAGUGAAAAUGAUUCAGAACACACUAAAACACCAAAGAAGGCUAAAAAUGACACUGAAGAACACUGGGAAGAGUUACGGACAGAGAAGAAAAAAUUCUACCAUUUUGUGAGGAACAGGGAAAAAUUCAAUUUGCUUCUCUCCGAGUUCAAAAAUAAUCUCUCUAUUCAUCCUGAGUUCAAAACGACAAUGAAUUCUUUAUUUGAAUCUCCAAAAAUUAACGUCGUUGAAAUCACAUACCGAGAAAAAACACCUUAUUUUGCAAACAGAACAGUCAACUUGAAUAACCCCAUGCCGAUUUUUAUUGUCGACAGAGAGGCAACCGACAACCCGGCCUUACUCGGUGGCAUAGCAAGUUUUGUCAUGGCUGGCAAGGACAGGACUCCUGUGCCGAGCGAUUCUAAACUGAUCGCUGUAAUGAAGGUGAUACUCGCGAGUGACCGGGAACUGACGGUGGAGAAUCUGGUGUUCAACGACAAACCACUCAAUGCGGACAUGGUGCCUGUGUUGGAGGAUGUCAAAACCCCAGAGAUUCCGUUGUUGAAACACGCUAAAAUGCUCAAGUGGAGAUGCAACAAGUGUUUGGGCACUACUUGGAAGUUCCCUGUACACAAGGACUCACACUUGUGCAACGCCUGUCCCAUCUGCCAUCAAAGCUUUACCAGUCCGGUGUCACUCAAGAAACAUUUAGUUCUUCACAGGAAAGAUGGUACAAAGUAUUGCACUGAGUGUCGAGCUGCGUUUGUCAGUAAAGAAGCACUUAACCGUCAUUUGACACUGCACACGUCGCAUGUCCUGUGUGACAAAUGUCAACUCUUUGUACAACGGGAACUCUUUGAAAUACACAAGGAUGUACAUAGUAGUGACUUAUCUGAGCAGUUUCCAUGCAGUGUGUGCAAGAAGGUUUUUGGAUCAGGUGAAGAUUUGAACAAACAUGAGACCAAGGUGUGCUCAAAGUUGGUCGCUCGGUUUAACUGUUUCACGUGCGACAAGAAGUUUCUGUCUAAGACAGCCCUCAUGUACCACACAAAGGCCCAUGAAAAUUCUCCUGUCAAACUCAAGUGUCGUUUCUGUCCUAAAAUAUUCAUUGAGGAAAUGGAACAGUGUCCUAAAAAGGCAGGGAAAAGAAAACCUUCCUACUUCAAUCAGAAAAUCUGGCAUGAGCGGAUACACACGCGGGAGAGGCCGUACAUGUGUAAGUCUUGCCCCAAGUGGUUCCGUACCAAGCAUCAUGAGGCGCAGCACAGCUCGACAGCUCAUUCAACCUCCAACACAUCAACUACUAAGAGUGUACGUUUCCACAUGUGUACUUACUGUGAUAAAGUGUUUAGUGGUGAGAGACAACUCCACAAACACAUGCAGAAACAUACUAAGUGACUCUCAUAUAGGUGAAAUUAUUUCAGGCACUUUUGGAAUGUAGUUCAGUAGGCUCACCUGUGGAAUUUAGAGCCCAGUGGCUACACAUAGGCCUGAAACGGAAUGAGCUUCAGUUUUGAACUUGGGUGAAACUGAUCUUUAAUCUAUCCUCAGUAGAAGUCCUAUAUUUGGACGAAAUAUCAGUUUAAUUUCUUGUGACCUUUUUGUGUAUCAAUUAGCCCCAGGACUCAAUACCUAGCACUAUACCUAUCCCUUUAAAAAUCCAAGAUUAGAUAAGAAACGUUACUCUUUUGUACAUUAGUUUUGAUAUAUUAGCCUCUAAAAUACUGGAUUAAUCGAAAAUAUUUUAAACUACCUGAUCUAUUGAGUGAUCUUUGUUUAGAAGUAUGCUACUAAAAAUGUACUCAUUUAUUUUUCACCUGAGAAUCAAGAAUUAUUACAACAAAUUACAAACUGUACAUUUUGUAUAGUUGAUGUCAACACACGGAUGGGCAAAAAGUAUCAAUGCCCCUCUACAGUAUAGUGAACAGUGGAUAUUAUAUUUAUGAGGGCCUACAAGAUAUAAUACAAUGAUACUGUAAUAUUAUACGGGAAUUUAACAUAACAUGGACAUCCAGUCAGGACACUAAAAACUAAUAUCAAUGUCAAACAUAAAAAAUUCACUUAAACUAUAAAGAGGAUGAUUUUAUAACCAGCAAAAAAGUUUACUUUCGAAUAGCUUUAAAUCAACACAGUAUGCUUCAGCUGGCAAAUUAUUCUUGAGACUUUGUUAGUGUGACCAAAGGUCAGAUGGACCUGAGAGCAUCCACAAGCCAUGUAUUUGAUGUUCUUGUGAUAUCUGUAAAUGGUUUCUGAAGCCUGAAACCUUACUAGUUUAUCUCUAAACAGGGACCUCUUGACAGAUCAGGUAAUAGAAACCAUUUACAAUAAUUUUUGUUGACUUAAUAGCUUGCAUGUCUUAUCUCAUUUGGGGUAUUUUUGAACGAGAUUGAUUCCUUAAUCCUCAGCCUUUCUGUCAAAAAUUGAUUCUGAAGAGUCAAAAAGAUAGUGUUUUGGUAUUUGUUUUUAAUUUACGGUAUACACUGUGAAUAGAACAUCUUUGUUCUGCUUGGUUUACUAUUGAAUAACGGUGCAUGUAUAAGUGUGACAACUAAUUCCUAGACAUCAAUACUUUUAAAUAAAAUCUCGAUUGAAAACAGUUAACCCAUUGGAUCUAGUUUUCCUAUUGUUUAACUUCUACAUUAAUGUAUGGAAUUAAUAUAGAAAAUAAACAGUAUCAGAAAUCUGACACAUACUUUCAGGAAUUAGCUUAUCAAUAAUAAUUUAUUAUCUUGUGUUUUUAUGCACUUAAAUUUAAUGUUUGAUUUGUUUUUGUUUAUACUGGUUUGUUUCUCCUAAACAAAAUUAAGAUAGCUUGUAAUGCUGGCCCGUCACAAGGUUAAUAAUUGCUAUUUAAAAUAGUUUUAAAACAGUUCCUUGUAAAUAGAUUACACAACCAAUCUAUUAUUAAGUAACCAUUUAAUCUAUUAAUAAGUGUCUGGACCCUAGAUGACCAACCCAAAUGGGAGUUUUAAGCAAAAGAAAGAACUUCUUUAGUUUUUUAAUGAAAUCACUCAGUAUAACAGAUUAAUCUUUAACCUGUUAUAAUGAUUGAUGUCAAAUGUAAAUAUAGAUUUAAUAUUUGAUUUUCCAUUGCUUCUCAUGUGUUUUUAAUGAAAAAGAAAGAGUAGGCUAUUUUAAGUUUUUAAAUGAAAUAUAUAUAUAUAACUUAUAACAUACUUCUAAACCUGUUAAUGAAGGCUAGAUUGAUGUAAAUAUAGAUAUAAGAUUUGGGUUUCCAUUGGAUCUCAGGAAACAAAGAUGAAACAUAGGUUUAUGUUAUUAUGUUGUUUGUAUUUUAUAUGCGUUCUCACUUUUAAAUUAGGUACUAUGUCUGUAGCAAUCAGUUGUACAAGCUUCUUACAUCUAUAGGAAGUGUCAAAUAUAUUUUGUCAAUACGAUAAAACCAUAGUUUGUAUUUUUCAACAUUAUACUUGUAUAUAUUAUGUGCAGUUUAAUAUAAAUAUUGUUUCUAAUUAUCUUUA